AUUGUUGGGGUAUUUUCAAGAUGGCGCCGGACUGUGGCUGGAGCGCCGCCGCCGCUCGGAGCUGCUGAACUCUGCGGGGAUUCGUCCACCUCCACCCGGCGGGCACCUUCACCGGACACCGCGGCGGGGCGGGACCCGCAGAGAUGGAGGUGCUGCAGCCGCCCGGGCGGGUCAGGUAACGCCGGAGCUGGCUAACAUGGUCGCCCCUUCCUCCCCGAACAAGAGAGCCAGCUGCAGCCGCUGCGGAGGAGGAGGAGCCCGGCAGGACCAGGAAUUCACGCCCGGGGCCGAGGCUCGCCAGGCGGACUGAGCGGUCAUGGAAACCGCGGAGGAGAAUGGAGGGUCGGUUACCGUCGACCUGAACGAGAACGAAGAAGAAACGGGAGGAGGAGCCGGGGAACCUUGCACCGCGAUCAAAGCCCGGAGCCGGGCGCUGCUGGCCGGUGCCGGCGACCCGGCCCGGGGACACGGGGAAGCCGGCUCCGCGCGUCCGGAGGUCGGGUUGGAUGUGGCCCGGCAGGAGCACUGCUCCCCCGGUGGCCACGGCGGCCUGAACGGGUUCACCGAGCCGGUGGGGCUGGACGGAGGAGCACCGGGUCGGGGUUCGGGGGAUCCCCGGGACUCCUGCAGCGCUGCCCGGGGAGAGGAGGCUGCCGGCGGCGGAUGUCCCGGAAACCCCCGGCUGGGCUGCGGGGGCUGCCAGGUGGAGGGUAGCCUCCCCAAUGGGGUCCCCGACGGUCCCGGGAGCGACCCCGCCUCUUCCCCGGGCCUCAAACCUUCAGACUGUGAGGAAGUGAAAGUAGCAAACGGUGGUUUGCACAUCAGGGCCUCAUGUGACUGUCCCGGGGAGGAGGCCCGGUGUCCCGGGGAGGAGGCUGACUGUCCCGGGGAGGAGGCCCGGUGUCCCGGAGAGGAGGCUGACUGUCCCGGAGAGGAGGCCCGGUGUCCCGGGGAGGAUGCUCGGUGUCCAGCGGAGGACAUCAAGCUCCCUGCUCCCAUCGGUGCCUCCAUGGAGGACUGCCUGACCCCGGGAUCAAGUGCCAAACUCCCCUCACCCUGUCUGUCAGCCCACUCUGAUCCCACCUGCGACAGUCCGCUGUCUGAGCCCGAGGAGGACGAGGGCGAUGAAGAGGUCCAGGAGGAGGAGGGAGACUUCAGGGACCUGAGUUUACCUGUCAGGCCGCAGAGUCUGAGGACUAACCCAAACUUCACGGUGUCCCUCAGCUGUGACGCCACCCCGCUGUCCCCCGAUGAGGACGGGGACUUCUACUUCGGGGGUGCCGGGUAUGAGGACGACAUCCGGGUCGUGCUGGAUGUGGGUCGCAGGCAGAGCGCCCCGGACAAGCUGCCCGACCUGACCGACCCGGCGGGCGACUCGGACCCCAAGCUGAUGCCAAAGAGGUUCGGCAUCGCUGAUUUCUUCACCAGGAGCCUGUUCACCAGGAAAGCCAAAGAGCCCAGAGCCACGACCCACAAUGCCCACAAUGCAACGGGCUGGCGGCUGUUCGGGAAGACGGCGGUCCAAGAGGGCGAGCAGGGGAAGGAGCCCGCCCCCCCGGUGACAUCACAGUCUCCACAGCGAGAGCUGGAGACGGACUCGCCGUGUCCACAGCGCCCCCCGGCUGCAGGGAGGAGGAAGAACCUGGAGUUCGAGCCUCUGUCCACCACGGCGCUCAUCCUGGAGGACCGGCCGGCGAACCUUCCGGCCAAGUCUGUGGAGGAAACCCAGAGACACAAACUGGAGUACGAGGAGAUGGUGGCCGGAGCCAAGAGGAGAGAGCUGAAGGAAGCCCAGAGGAAGAAGCGGCAGAUGAAGGAGAGACACCGGCAGGAGGACAUCAUCUCCAACGCCAUGGUCGUCUGGAACACCGAGAUCCUCCCUCACUGGGACUCCGUGAAGGGUACGAGGCGUGUCCGGGACCUGUGGUGGCAGGGUCUUCCUCCCAGCGUCAGAGGAAGAGUUUGGAGUCUCGCCAUUGGAAACGAGCUCAACAUCACUGCAGAGCUGUACGAGAUCUUUCUGUCCCGAGCCAAAGAGAAGUGGAGGAGCUACAGCGAGACCAGCUCCGUCAACGACAGCGAGUCUGACGGAGGAGCGUCUCUGGCAGACAGAGAGUCCAGUCUGGAUCUCAUCAAACUGGACAUUUCCAGAACGUUUCCCUCCCUCUUCAUCUUCCAGAAGGGAGGCCCGUACCAUGACCUCCUCCACAGCGUGCUGGGCGCCUACACCUGCUACAGACCGGAUAUCGGCUACGUGCAGGGCAUGUCCUUCAUCGCCGCCGUCCUCAUCCUCAACCUGGAGGAGGCCGAAGCCUUCAUCACCUUCGCCAACCUGCUCAACAAGCCCUGUCAGAUGGCGUUCUUCAGAGUGGACCACGAGCUGAUGUUGAAGUAUUUCUCGGCCUUUGAGAUUUUCUUUGAGGAGAACCUUCCUCGCCUCUUCAGCCACUUCCAAACCAACAGCUUGACCCCUGACCUCUACCUGAUUGACUGGAUCUUCACUCUGUACAGCAAGUCGCUGCCGCUGGACGUGGCGUGCCGGGUGUGGGACGUGUUCUGCCGGGACGGCGAGGAGAGCCUGUUCCGGACGGGCCUGGGCAUCCUGCGCCUGUUUGAGGACGUCCUGCUGCAGAUGGACUUCAUCCACAUCGCCCAGUUCCUCACGCGGCUGCCCGAAGACCUGCAGGCACACACACUCUUCAACGCCAUGGCCAACACACACAUGAUCAGCAGGAACCGCCGCUGGGCUCAGGUUUUCUCUGCUCUGAUGAAGGACGGAUGGAAGGAGACGGAUAAGAGCAGCAGUCCGGCGCUGAGGAGCUAACGGUCACUCUCUGUUUGUGUGUGUGUGUGUGUGAGAGAUCCUUCCAGUGGCCCACAGUCGAGUGUUGCCACGGAAACGCUCCUGGUCGACCAAACCUUGUGACUGUCAGACGGACCUCGUCGGUGCUAACGAGUCUCUAAAACCAGGUCCUGGUCUCCUGAACCUUCCUCUCAUCGUUAUUAUUAUUUUUAACGUCUGCUGGCGGCAAAACGUAGAACGUUGAUAGAUUGAUGAGUGGUGCUCAAAAUAUGGUCCGGGACCCCGUGGGGGAUCCAGUGGUUCCCAGCCUCUGGUCCGGGACCCCGUUGGGGGACGUCCGGGACCACAGAGGGUGUGGACUGUAGGGAAUAUGAGGUGGGGGGGAAAAAAGACUGAAGGUUCUGAAGUGAUCCUCAUUGGUGAGAGUGGGCGUGUCCUCCACCAUGGGGGCGGGGCUUCAGGUAAAAAAAAAAGUCACGGGAACCACUAAUGGGGUCAAAGGUGAAUUCAUGUUGAAUUAUUCUGCCGUUUACUUGGAC